AAUGGGUGGAGAGUUAAAGAAAGCACCACCCAUUGAUCGACUUCCAGUUAUUGGGAUUGGUGAGACUGUGCAUGACCAGCCUGCACAUGAAGACCCUCCUGAUGAGCCUGACAAUCAAGACCCAAUGUUCCCACGCCGAAAGCAUGUCCGCUGUGAAGAUGACAUCAUAGGUGCCAAAGCUUCAAUCGUCUAUGAGAAGUGUUUAAGACAAUUGGCUUCAUUUCUGAUCCUGCCUGUGGAUAAAUGUACAGGCACUUUGAGAACCGGUGCCAUAUGCGACUGCGUUGCCCCCUUCAAGAUCAACAUCUCUUCCAAGGGCACAGCAACGAAUGUCGAAUGGAUCUGUCCCAAUGGACACUGCUUGUGGAGGUGGAAUUCCCAGCCUGUCAUGAAGUCCGGGGUUCAAGCUGGAGAUUUUCUCUUGUCCACCAACAUUUUGUUAUCUGGCAGUGACUAUACAAAGGUUGCCCUCUUGUUCAAAUUCAUGAACAUGGGGAUGGUGAACAAGAACACCUUCUGCUCCAUUCAGAACAAUUACUGUGUCGGCACAGUAAAGGACUUCUGGGAAGAGAGGAGGACGGAGGCCCUCAGUCGCCUUCAAGGGAAACGUGUUGUGGUCCUAGCGGGUGGUAUUAACGACUCGCCGGGCCAUUGUGCACAGUACUGCAGCUACACCAGCAUGGAGAAUGACACCAAGGAGAUAAUUCAUGUUGCCACCAUAGACAAGCGGCAGCCAUCCUGGAAGUCUGUCGUUAUGGAGAAGGAGGGUUUUAUCCAGACUGUGGACAAGCUCACAUCAGAAAUCAGGCUGGCAGAGAUCUGCACAGACGCUCACGCCCAGAUCGGAGCCCUUAUGAACCCAGACGAAGGCAGAUACAAGGCCCUCGGUAUUCAUCACAGUCUGGACAUGUGGCACGGUGCCAAAAACCUGGCCAAAAAAAUAGCUGCUGCGGCAAAGAAAGAAGGACAGCCCACUCUCUGGCUCUGGCUGAAAGACGUCGUUAACCAUUUUUGGUGGUGUUGUAAAACAGCUGACAAUACCCAGCAGUUUCUUGAACUAUGGGUUGGCAUCAUUCACCAUGUCUGUGACAUUCACACCUGGGCUAUGGGAAGGUGCCAACAUGAGCACAUGGAAGAAACACGUGGAAAGAUGUGGAUCCAGAGAGACUCCAAGUGCCACAAAGCUUUAGUGGACAUCGUUCUCAACAAGCAUUGGCUGAAGGAUAUACAUAAAUAUCUGCGUUUCAGAUCGACUGCAGACCUUGAGGCGUUCCAGAAUCAUAUUCUGAUGUAUGCUAGCAAGCACUACACUUUCAGUCCUGCAAUUUAUGAGACGAGAGUUCUGCUUGCUGCUCUGGACUAUAAUUUCCACCGAAGCCGACCGACAAUGAAAACAGCGGAAGGCAACGAGAUUUUCAGAAGGCUGUACAAGAAAAAUGGCAGAAGAUACAGCGUGUACACUCUAAAAUCAGAAAAAACCUAUGGAUACAUCUCCGAGCUGCAAGCAAGGAUUGUAAGGAGGAGAAUCACAAGUGGAGUGGGAAUGUCCAGAAGGUGGAAUCCUCGACCUAAUGACCCCAGACGGUUCGUGUUACCUGCAGAUGUCCAGCAGGUGUUGAUUGGUGAAAAGAAGUCUCCUGAUUGGAUCCCCCGCAAGGACCCAGAGCCUCUACACAUAAAAGAGGAACAGGAGGAACUGGGGAUCAGUCAGGAGGGAGAGCAGCUUAAUGGGUUUGGGGAGGCUAACGACUCCAGUUUCCCAUUACCUGGUGUUUCUUUGAAGAGUGAAAAUGAUGAAGAUGAACCUUGGUCUUCACAGCUUCAUCAAACUGGGGACAACAUAAAAGCAGAGCCUCCUGACAGCAGCUCAGCAACGGAGAUAAAAGCAGAAACUGAUGGAGGGGAGUGUGGAAUAUCAGAACCUGCCAGGAACGUAGAUCCAGAUGAUGAUCCACAACCACACACUGAUGAAAUGUCUUCAGACUCUUCAGAGACUGAUGUCAGUGAUGGAUGUUGGCAAGAACCUUUGUCAGAUUCUGGAUCUGAGACUGAAAACAGUGACAGUGAUUCUAAGAACACCAGGGCAUCUAAGUCAGGUGUAAAAUCAUGGAAACCCGAUGAAGGCCCUGUAAGUGAUGUGGAAUCUAACGAUGGAAACAAUUCCUUUAGUUGUCUUGAAUGUGGCAACGUAUGUCCUUUAGGAAAAGAGUCCUCCGACGAAACAUGUGAAAUGACACAAAAUGUCCACAGAGGGAAAACAUUUGGCUGUGAUCUUUGUAGGAAAAAUUUUGGCCACCAGUCAAAGCUUACGAGACACAUGAGAAACCACACAGGAAAGAAACCGUUCGGUUGUGAUGUUUGUGGGAAAACAUUUAUAGAACUAGUAAAGGUGAAAGCACACAUGAGAGUCCACACCGGAGAGAAACCCUUUGGCUGUGAUGUUUGUGGGAAAAGAUUUACAGAGCAGCAGAAUCUGAAGGCACACAUUAGAGUCCACACAGGAGAGAAACCAUUUGGUUGUGGUGUUUGCGGUAAAAGCUUUAACCAGAAGACAAAUCUUAAGACGCACAUGAAAAUCCACACAGGAGAGAAACCAUUUGGUUGUGAUAACUGUGGGAAACGGUUUAACCAGCAGUCACAUCUUAAGACACACAUGAAAAUCCACACAGGAGAGAAACCGUAUGGCUGUGAUGUUUGUGACAAAAGGUUUAACCAGCAGGUACAUCUGAAGCUACACAUGAAUGUCCACUCGAGAUGACGUGACGUGCAGGUUCCCACUGUGCCUGUGAACAUGAGUCUUCCCAGUGUCAUCAAAGCCAAACUGAGGACAACAGAGACAGCCUCCAGCCAGCAGCUCAGCAACGCAGAUAAAAACAGGCUGAUGGAGAGGACUGUGGAGGAUCAGAACCUGUCAGGAUCCUGGAUCCAGAUAGUCAUUCACAACCAAACACUGAUGACAAGGCGUCACACUCUGUUUGGAAAGAACCUUUCAAACUCCGACCUGAAACUGAAGACUGGAAAUGGUUGGAAGA